CACAAAUUACGUUCCGCAGCGCGCUCUGCUCUCAGGUAAAUACGUGUCACAUUGCAAAGCGACUUUGCUGUACCUUCAAGCACUAUAGUAAACAUGAGUGUGGUAGGUUUUGAUGUUGGGAACGAAAGUUGUGUCGUUGCUGUUGCUAGGAAAAUAGGUAUCAAUGCUGUGCUCAACGAUGAGCCAAAGCACAAAACUCCUGCUGUUGUAUGUUUUGGCAAGAAGCAGCGAUUCCUUGGAACAGCUAGUAUGAUGAAUCCAAUAUACACAAUAUCACAGAUCAAACGUCUUAUUGGACGCAAAUUUUCGGAUGUUGUUUUGCAGAAGGAUAUCAAAUCAUUGCCAUUUUUAGUCACUGAAGGGCCUGAUGGAUAUCCCUUGAUUCAUGCUCAAUAUUUGGGGAAGAAUAGGACCUUCACACCUACUCAGCUUUUAGGAAUGGUACUUUCUGAUUUGAAGAUCAUUGCAGAAAAGAACUUAAAUGCUGCUGUUUUUGACUGCUGCAUCGCGAUACCUGUUUACUUCACUGAUCUGCAGAGAAGAGCUGUUAUAGAUGCUGCAACCAUUGCUGGUUUGAACCCUCUUCAUCUCAUUCAUGAGACAACAGCUACUGCCUUAGCUUAUGGUAUUUACAAGACUGACUUGCCUGUAAAUGAACCAAUGAAUGUUGCAUUUGUUGAUGUUGGUCAUGCCAGUAUGCAAGUAUGCAUUGCUGCCUUCAAGAAAGGUCAGCUGAAGAUAUUGGCUCAUUCUUAUGAUCAGUGUUUGGGUGGAAGGGAUUUUGAUGAAGUGCUUAUCCAACAUUUUGCUGCAAAAUUCAAGGAUGAAUACAAGAUUGAUUUUUAUCAAAAUGCAAGUGCUUGCCUAAGACUGCGUGCUGCUUGUGAGAAGUUGAAGAAGGUCCUUAGUGUAAAUGCCGAGGGGUCGUUGAACAUCCAGUGUUUUAUGGACGAGGACGAAAAGGAUGUUAUAGGUUUUAUGAAGAGAGAUAAUUUUGAGCAGAUUAGUAGUCCAAUUUUGGAACGUGUGAGAAAGCCUUUGGAGACGGCUCUUGCUUGUGCCCGACUGACUACCCAGGAUAUACAUUCUGUCGAAGUUGUUGGUUUAGGCUCUCGAGUUCCCAUGAUCACAAAAAUAUUGACAGAGUUUUUUGGAAAGGAGCCUAGACGAACAAUGGAUGCUAGUAAAUGUGUGGCGGAAGGCAGUGCUCUGCAAUGUGCUAUUCUCAGCCCCACACUAAAAGUCCAAAAUUUUCAGGUUACCGAGAGUUUUCCAUUUCUCAUUGUUUUGGUAUGGAAAUUACCUCCCCCUGAUGAUACACCAACUGGAGCAGCUGAUAGGUGGCAGAGCUCUGUCUUUUUCCCCCCUGGUAACCCCAUGCCAUGCCUUAGGGAGUUAACUUUCUAUAGAUCUGGCACCUUCACGAUAGAUGUACUGCAUUUGGAUGGCAGUGAACCUUCGAAUAUUAGUACUUACACGAUUGAACCUUUCCUGUCCACAAAAGGUGAAAAGGUAAAGUUGAAGGUCAAAGUGCAUCUGAAUCUUCAUGGCGUUGUCUCGAUCGAGGCUACAAUGAGCAUGGAAGCUAGGCUCGAAGGAUUAGAAAAGGCUAUGGAGGAUCAUGCUGCUCACACUUCAGCUAGGCUCGAAGGAUUAGCGAAGGAGGAACAGGCUGCUUGCACUUCAGCUAGGCUCGAAGGAUUAGCGAUGGCAAUUGAGGAUCAGGCCGCUCGCACCUCAGCUAUGCUUGAAAGAUUAGCGAUGGCGAUGGAGGAUCGGGCCGCUCGCACUUCAGCGAUCGAGGCAAAGUUCGACAAUCUGGCAGCCACUCAAAAAUUCCAGCUCGACCUAAUCAUGCAACAUUUUACUGCCUUGGGCAGCCACAUAGGUCUCGAGGAGUCAACAUCCUGUGCAGCAGCUGAGGAAUCCACAACUCUGCCACACCAACAAACGAUGGACCUUCCUACGUUUGAUGGCAGCGACGUGCUCGCAUGGCUAGCUAGUGCAGAUCAGUAUUUUCUAGUCCAGAAGACGCCAAUGGAGAAGCGGGUCGAGCUUGCCUCGACCGUACUCUCCGGCCCCGCGAUGUCUUGGAUCCAGUUCCUCCAAUGCCGCAGCCCUGACCUCACGUGGGAUCAGUUUUCUGACGAGCUUCUCAUUCGUUUUGGGUCUGAUCUGACCUUAGACGAGUACGAGGCGCUGCCUACCCCGUCCCAAGAAGGGUCUCUCGACGACUAUAUUGCGGAAUUCGAAGUAUGCCUCGCUCAACUUCCGGAGCUCACUGAGAAGCAAUAUCUUGGAUUAUUUCUAAGGGGGCUGAAGCCCAACAUCCGUAUGCAGAUACAAGAUCCCACCAUCACCACCUAUGCAGAUGCUUUCCAAAUGGCGAAGCAUAUUGAGGAGUUCAAUCGACGUAGGCCAGCUUGCCUCUAA